UAUGUGAAGUGAUGUUAUGUUAUGUUAUGUUAUGUUAUGUUAUGUUAUGUUUGUUAUGUAAUGUUAGUAAUGCUGUCAAUCACUUGAACUCUUGAAAACAGGUCUUCACUUAAAAUGAAUGAUUGUAUUGAACGGAGAGAUGGCUUUGAUUUACAGUCAAAACCUGAAAACUUUUGAUCCAAUUCUUGAAAACAGGAUUUGGAUUUUGCAUGAAUUGGAGUCUAAGUCAACGUCACUGAUAAGUCACUCAAAGAUAUCAUUGAAUCCAUCGACUCUUCUUAAUAACGGAUAUAUCAACUAACGAUAGUUUGUCACCACAUUCUUCAUCAUUAAGACAUCUAUUCAUUGCUUUAAUCACUUGUAAUAUAUAUUUCAUUAUAAAAGUUUGUUAACUGUUUAGUAAAAUAGUUUAAUAGUAAAGAUGUUGACUUCAAUGGCAAGAAUUGGUGUCAAAUCACUUGUGAGACAAACAGCAGUUCCGACAACUUUUGUCAAACGACUCGAUAAAUUAUCACUUAAUUUGCGCUCAUUUUGGACACAAACCGCAAAACUUUCAUCGUUGCAUUCAUCAGAAUCACAUCCAAAGGAUAUAAAUCCAUUCAAAUUGGCUGAAAAUGAUUUGAAUAGUCUUUACUCUGACAUUCGUAAAGAGUUGUGGACAGAGAGGCCAGAACUAGAAGAGAUCGCUGGCUAUUACUUUGACGGUCAGGGAAAAGCAUUUCGUCCAAUGGUUGUCGUAUUGAUUGCUCGGGCACUCAAUUAUCACAUUCAAAGAAGAUCUGAUUUAUUGGAUUCACAAAAAACAGUCGCAAUGGUCACUGAAAUGAUUCAUACGGCAAGUCUCGUUCACGACGAUGUCAUUGAUACGGCCGACACCCGACGCGGUAAAGCUAGUGUUAAUGUGUUGUGGGGACACAAAAAAGCUAUAUUAGCCGGUGAUUACAUACUGUCCAGAGCUUCACAAAUGUUGGCUAGACUUCAAAAUGAAGAAGUGAUUCUUGUUUUAGCACAAGUGCUUCUGGAUCUGGUUCAGGGAGAGUUCAUGCAAAUGGAUUCCAAAGAGGAUGAAAGCGAACGCUUUUCGCAUUAUAUCCACAAAAGCUUUAAAAAGACGGCUAGUCUUAUAGCUUAUACGUGCAAAGCUGUAGCACUCCUUUCUGGUGCCAAUCGGGCCUAUCAAGAGGCGGCCUUUCAAUAUGGACGCAAUCUUGGGAUUGCUUUCCAAUUAGUCGAUGAUUUAUUGGACUUUGUCUCGAGUCAGGCAGAGUUAGGCAAACCGGCCGCUGCUGACCUUAAGCUUGGUUUGGCUACGGCUCCGGUACUGUUUGCUUGUGAAAAAUUUCCCGAAUUAAAUAUAAUGAUUAUGAGACGAUUCUCACAACCGGGAGAUGUAGAGAAAGCAUAUGAAGCUGUUAUGAAAAGUGAAGGCUUAGAUCACACCCGAAUCCUGGCCCGAAAACAUGCCGACGAAGCCUUAAGACAUGUGUCCACUUUCGCUGAUUCCGACGAAAAGCAGGCUCUUAUAGCUUUGACUGAAAUGACUCUCAAUAGGAAAAAAUGAAAAAAUAUUUUUAUUAAAGUGAGUGCCGUUUUGCCUCAAUUUUGGUACUCAAUUUGAAGU